AUGCUGAUCAAAAACCAUUGCAAUAGCCAAAUGGGAGGCUUUGCUUUGACAACAGUGGCUUGGAUUAUUUGUUGUAUCUCCAUAGGAUUACCUCAGUGGCAUGUUUGGCACUUUCAAGAUCCUGUAGCCUUUAAGGCUACCACAGCAUUUGUUGGCAUGUGGAGAGUCUGUACUUUCCAGUAUGAUGACAACUUUAGCAACAUCAAAAUAUGUCACCAAUACAACUACCAUGAUACCUUCAUUCCUUUGGAUAUCAGAGUGACCCAACAAUUGCUACUGGCCGCUAGCUUUCUUGGGCUGAUAGGGAAAGUCAUCAUCAUUAUUUCCCUUUGGAAUGUGUGUAGAGGAAGAGUACGUACAAAUUCCAUUUUCAAUCCAUUUGGUCUAUCUGGAAUUCUGAACAUCAUUGCUAGCAGCUUUCUUUUCCUUGCUGUACUAUUUAAUUAUGUAUCCAUCAUACUCCAAGAGGGUAUAGUAUUCCCACGAUCUUUCAAUGUGCCUUCCCAGCCAGACACCCAGGAAAUUGGAAGUGCCAUGGCCUCGGCAAUGACAGCUGCAGUUUUCUUUCUAUUAAGUGGCACAAUUUUGCUUACUUCAAAUUUUCCUGCAGACAAGCCAUUACGUUUUAAAUAUUCAAAGUAA